AUGUCCCGACCAAUGGCUCGCCUCGUCCCCCGCCUUACGCGCGGCAUCAUCUCUUCCGCCGCCGCUCCCCGCCCCCAGGGCGCCGUUGGUGGCGUCGACCUCCGUGUCCUCAACGGCAUCGAUGGCUUUGUCGGAAAGGAGCAGAUGGACCGCGUCAACGAGUGGCAGGCUGGACUGUGGGAGCGUCUCUCGCAGGAGGUCCGGAACAACCCCGGUCUCACCUCGAUCAGGCAGAAGUGGGACAACGACAGGCUCGACAUGACCGACCUCCUGUCGUUCACUGCUCGUGAGCCCACGCUCUCGCUCGCCUUCAACUACGCUUCCCAGCUCAUCAACAACUCGUACUACCUCGAGGGCAUGAACGCCGAUGCCCCCAAGCCCAUCCCGGAGCACUUCCAGCACCUCGAGGACCGGGUGGCUGCCACGGCUGACGGCAUGGCGGGAAGCGGAUGGCUUUGGGCCGGCGACUCGCUCAACGACUUCGACGUUAUCCCCACCUUCGGCUCCGGAACGCUCCUGGUCACGAUGCGCCAGCAGCGCGGACGCCUGAGCACCGUCCCGGUCUACGGAACGCCGUCGAGCGUCGGCUCCUCGGCCCCCGCUGCCGAGACCGCCGAGCCGGCGAAGCGGGACGCCGCCAAGUCGGCUCCCCUUGCGGCCGGUAUUGUUAAGCCGGUUCGUGGUGGUGCCGCUGAGGUCACGCCCCUCGCCGUCUGCAACCUCUACGAGCACGCGUACCUCGGCGACCGGUACGGUGUGUUCGGCCGUGGUGACUUUGCCCGUGACUGGUUCAAGAACCUCGACUGGGACAAGGUCAUGAAGCGCACCGCCUCCGCGUCGUCUUGGUAG